AUGCGUACAGAGGUUAUCAAGGCGGACACCAUUGAUGUGGCCGUCGAAAGGAUUCUCGUUGAACUUGGGAAACACACUACAAGCAGCAGAGAGAAUGCCAUCUAUUUUGAUGGCUGGGAUGGUCUUGGGGCAUCUUCCGUCCUGCAAGCCGUAGCCAAACGCCUUGAAGUAUCAAAUGAGCUGUCAAAGAGGCCUGCAGGGCUAGAGUUUGAGAAAAUCAUCCACAUUGACUGCUCAAAGUGGAAGAGCAGAAGAGCAAUGCAGAGGGAAAUAGCAGAGCAGCUGAACCUUCCCAACUGGGUGAUGGAGAUAUUUGACAAGCAAGAUGAGGAGGAUGAUUUCAAUGGAUUAGAUGAAGGCUCUCGAACUGAGAUAGCACAAGUUGUCAGAGAGAUCUAUCAAAGAACACAGAAUCAGAGAUUCUUGGUGAUCCUGCACAAUGGAAGCAUUGAGGAGAUUGAUAUAUUCGACUUCGGUCUUUCUUUAGAUCGAUAUUCUAGUAGCAAGAUGUUGUGGACUUUCCAAGGGAGGUUUCGGCUUGAUCCCAAGAUGAUAGACAGUGUGAAGAAGAGCACAACAACAGGUGUUCUUCUUUCAGCUUCAGGAGAUAGGCAAGAUCCACGGGAGCUUUGGUCAUAUCUAGUGAGCCACGAGGCUGCACAAGUUUCCAGCAAUAAGUAUGGCCAUGUCAUCAUCGAUCCAGCUAUUGCUGCUCAGUGCGUCUUGUAUAUGUUGAAGCAAUCUUGGAUUGGCUCUCGCAUCAUUGACUACGACAGGGCUAUCCACACCAGUAACUAUUGGAUAUGCGAUGGCAUCAUUGCACUGACAGACAUUGACAGAGCAUGGAGAGUUGGUGAUGUUUUGCAGCAUGAGAUGCCAUUCUUGAACAUUGACACCCGUCUCAAGAAUGAUGAAUCAGCAGGAAUGGCUUCCUAUCACCUGGCAAAGUCUGCUGAGCACAUGCCGUACUGGAUAUCGACAACAACUUCAACUUCCGGAUUUGUAGUGAGCCCCUCCGGUGUAAUUCCUGAGAAUAUGUUUUCGCACUCGCACAUGCUCGGCGUGCUCAAGCUCUCAAGGUGUGCCUUCAGUUUCUCAUCGCCUCCAUUCCUCUGUUGCCAUAGCCUGAGAUUCCUGUGGCUUGAACAUUGCCGAGACCUCGAGUUGGGCAACAGGACCACGACAUCGUGGGAAUGCUUCCAGAGCUUGUGGGUGCUUGACCUGCGCUACACAGGUUGGGAUCAGAUCUGGUCCACAAGGGUGAUGGAUCUAAUGACCCAGCUCAGGGAGCUAAACGUGAUGGGAGCUGAAAACUGGGACAUGAGCCAUUUGCGAGGACGGCUGCGUAACAUUCGCAAGUUCCGGGUAACAAAGUCCACGUGCUUCUUCAGUGACAACAUGCUCUCGGAGAUGGAAAAUAUGGAGCUUCUUGAUUUUUCGGAAACAUCAUCAGACAAGGGCUAUAAGGAAUUGAAGAACUUGUACAUGAAAAGAAUUUCGAGGGGUCUCGAGGAGCUGGACCUAUCGGGUACAAGUGUGAAAACUCUUGACCUCAGAGGAGUGGAAGCCAAAUCACUCCCUAAGCGGAUUAUCCUGCUAGGCUGCGAGAAGCUCGGCACAAUUCUUACGCAGGGGAGGCACCACUUGCAGUUCCACAUGCUGAUCGAUCCCUCCAACACUACUGUUGGUGGUAGCUACGCCCAAGGAAUGAAUGGCAACAAACUAGUGCAGGCCCAACCAGAAACAAGUACCAUCGUGAGCUCUGAGUACGUCUUGAAGACUGGCCCAGUUGAAGUGAUGAUUAUAUGGGAGUGCCCCAAGAUAGUUACAAAGUGGAACCGACCGACAUGUAUCAUAAAGACUGCUACAUCGCUGCACGUGUAUGAUAACUCGUCCAUCACCAGUAUAUCUGCACCUCCCCAAGGACCAGGAUGCAUGCCAAUAGAAGGUUAUUGUGAAUACGUGGAUUUCUUGCACCUGGACUACUGCCCCAGGCUCGUACAUGUGCUCUCGGUGUCCAUACGUCCAGGUGGCUUGAUGACCCAUUUGAUUACCCUAGAGAUAUUGUGGUGCGGAGAUCUUAGGCAGGUGUUCCCUUUGAGCCUUGAGCUUCAAGAGCAGGAUAAUAUUCUAGAAUGUCCCAUGCUGAGGCGCAUCCACCUGCACGAGCUCCCCAUGCUGCAUUACAUCUGUGGUCGUAGGAUAUUUGCGUCUAAACUCAAGAUCAUCAAGAUCAGGGGCUGCUGGAGCCUCGAGCGUCUGCCUGCUAUCGGACGCAACACCAAGCCGCCCAUGGUGGAUUGCGAGAAGGAAUGGUGGGACAACCUAGAGUGGGACGGGUUGGAGAAGUACCAUCACCCUUCCCUCUACAAGCCGAGCCACUCGGUGUACUACAAACCCCAGCUGCCCAGAGGCACCAUACUCAGGUGA